AUGAUGAAUGCAAAUAGAUCUGAAAUGGAUCUAGAAGGUACUAAACUACGUUCUCAAUUAACUGCAUUUCAAUCUGAACUCGAAACAAUUCGAUUAAAAGUUCAAAAAUUAACUGAUGAAAAUGAAUCUUUACGACAUGAAUUACGACGUAGUGCUGAAGAAAAACUUUCAGGCGUUCAUCCUAAUACUAUAUUAAAUUUUAAUAAUGAUUCAAAAUUUGAAAUACAAAAAAGACAAAUAGAAUUAUUAGAACAAGAACGAGAUGAUACUAUGCGUUUAUAUGAACAAAGUCAACAGAUAAUCUCACAACUUGAAGAACAAAAUAAAGAUUUAAAAGAUCCAUUUAAACCACAUUUAAUUAAACUAGAUAUGCAAAAUAAACAAGCGCAAGAAGAACAUGCUCGAACAGAAGUACAACUUGCACAAGAAAUAAAUAUUCUACGUGAUGAACUUUUAAAACGAAGUAAAGAAUUAACAAAUUCUCAAUUAACUGUUAAAGAAUUAGAACGACAAAAUGAAAAUCUUCAAGCGAAAGUUUAUGAAAAAGAAGAUGAUUUACGUAAUCAUUUAAAAAAAGCAAAUGGAUAUGAUGGAACUUUUGUUGCUUUUCAAAGUUCAAUUGAUGGACUUGAAGCUAGACUGGAGCAUGCUUUAAAAGAAAAAGGAAAUGCUCAACAACAACGUGAUGAUAUGGAAUAUAAAUUAAAAGAAUUAACACAUCAACAUCGUUUAUUACAAGAAAAACUUGAUGAAACAAUGGAUCAGUUACAACAUCAAGUUCAUAUUCAGACUACAACUGAGCAUACGAAUGAUGGUGGACAAGAUCGUUUUGAACAUGAACGAAUGCAUCGAACAAUUGAUGAACUUAUUGAACAAGCAGCUGUUAAAACACGCACUGCUGUUGAAGAUGUUCGACAACAAUAUAAUGAAAAUUUAGAAAGAAUUAUGCAAGAAUAUAACACUAUGGAAGCUGAAUUAAAUCAAAAACAAAUUGAAUUUGAUAAAUGUUUAAGAGCUAAACGAUCUGUUGAAGAAGAAUUAGAAAAAAUUUUGCAAGAACGACGAUUUAAUUUAGAAAAAAGUUCAAUUGAUAAUGAUGAUUUAGCAAAACGAUGUUUUAAUUCUGAACGUGAACGUGAUGAAAUCCAAUUAAAAUAUGAGCAAAUUCAUCAAACAUAUAAAAUACUUCAACAAUCGUAUGACGCUGAAAAAAUAAAUCAUGAACAUAAACAAAAAGAAUUAACUGAACGUUUACAAAAAAUAACCAAUGAUCUCGAUAAAAUGACUCGUGAUUAUACAGCAACAUUUAAUGAAUUAAAUGAAUUAAAAAAAAGAUUAUCAUCAACACAAAGUGAACAAAUAUUAUUACAACGACGAAUAACUGAAUUAAUAAAAAGACAUGAAGAACAAAUUGUGGAAAAAGAAACAGAAUGUUUAACACGUUUAAAACAAAGAGAUGAUGUUAAUCGAACAACAUUUAAUGAAUUACGUAAUCUUGUUAAUCGACAACAACGAAUGAUUAUGAAAUAUAAAGAAGAAUGUCAUACAAUCGCUAGUCAAAGUGAAACAAAAAUCAGUGAAUUAAAACAAAAAAUUGAGAAUAUACGUACACGGAAUGAACAAUUACAAUCGGAAAAUGCUGAUGUUAAACGAAAAGAAACCGAAAUGGAUAGAAUUCUUGCAAAAAAUGCGAAUCGUAUAAAAAUAUUAGAAGAACGUUUACGUGAUACAGAAGAACAAGCUAUUGAAGCAUCAAGACGUGUUGCUAAACAAUUAGUACGUGAUCGAUUAGCUAUAACACAAGGUGAUCAUUAUUCCUAUCUCCGAACUAAUAAUUCAGCUUCAUUAUUCAAUUUACCAUCAUUUUCACCACAUAUUGCUCCUACAACAACGAAUAUUGAUAGUAUUGAACAUCGUUCCGAUGAUAAAUAA